GAAGACCGAUGAGGGUUUUGCGAGCGUUGGAGGGGGAAACAGGAGAGUGGAGGGGAUAUUUAUUUACUCGACGAAAAGAGGGGAGAAGAGAAACGGAAUUGCAGCUGCUCUACCUGGCACCGUGUCAGUAUAUCAGUAGCAGAUUAUAAGUGACUUUAGCUCGUGAGAUACUGACUGACACGAGUACGAAAUGGAGUUGCCUAUUGGGGACCGUGUAUACGCUGCCGAGCGGAUCAUGAAAAAACGUGUCAGAAGGGGUCGAGUGGAGUUUUUUGUGAAAUGGAAGGGUUGGAGUCAGAAGCACAGCACGUGGGAGCCCGAGGAGAACAUCUUGGACGGGCGGCUCAUAGAGAUCUUCGAGCAGAGCCAGCGGGGAGACCAGGGCGCCCACCACGGGCGUCGCGCGGGGCGCAGACGUGAGGCUUCCCGCUUCACGCGCAGCGAGGCUCAACAGCAGCAACAGUCAAGCCUGCCGGAGGUGGAGGAAGCUACCACGAGUGGUGCGCCGUACCUCGACCCCCCUGACACUGAGGAUGAGUCCAGCCAGCCUCCGUUCGAGGAGGAGCGAGCUGCCACCCCGCCCCCGCCUCCCGAGCAGAGCGCCGACGCCCGAGACGAGCCGGACGAGGGCCAGGAGGGGGGCCCGGGGGCCAAGCGCAAGGCGGAGGUGCUCUCCCAGGAGUCCGGGAAGAUAGGCGUGACCAUCACCACCAGCCCGUCCAGCAGCCCGCCGCCGGCCAAGAUGCCUCGCCUCAUCCCGCUCAGGGCGCCCGGCUCCCCGCAGUCCCUCGACACACCCCAGCUGGUGGCGGAACCAGUGGCCAGGAGAGCCUCCACUUCUAGCUGCAAGUCAGGAGCGGACGGCACGGAGGGGGAGGAGGAGCCCGUAGCCAUUGUGAAGCCUCCGUCCCCCGCCACCUCCCCGCCCCCUGCUCUCGCACCCAUGAGCCCCCGGCCUGAAGUGGCCCUCCCCAUCGCAGCAGUGCCCACCAGCCAGCCCGCCCCAGACCAGGACGCGAACUCCGCGACUGUGGCACCGCCUGUAGCGCCGCCAGAGGAACACGUGGAGGAGGAGCCUCAGGCGGACCUGGGUGGCGGUCCACCGGCCCAGGAGCAGGACGAGGCGGGCAAGCCUCCCGAGCCGACGGAGUCCCGGACCGAGGCGAGCGAGGAGACAACGAAGGAGACGACCGAGGGAGGGCCGCCGGCGGAGGAGGCCAAGGAGAAAGAUGGCGCAGCGGACGACGCUCUGUCCUCGGCCGUGGAGAACCCCAUCGUGGACGUGGUGCGCAGCCAGCGGCGGCAGGUUCUGAAGAACCCCGGCGCGGAGUACUGGCGCCGCAGGAACCCCGUCGUCGACCAGGUCUUCAUCACCGACGUCACCGUCAACCUCACCACCGUCACCAUCCGGGAGUGCAAGACGGAGAAGGGCUUCUUCCGCGAGCGCGACCGCGAGUGCGAGGACUCUGGUGACCAGGCAAGCAUCAAGUAACUCACGUCACACUGAGUCGUCAGGAUUCUACCUACACUGAGGUUUGUUGUGGGGAAGGCAAAGUGCUAAGGCACAUAGCUCACUGAUGUCUCUAUGGCUAAAGCUCUGAGCUUCCUUUCAGUUCUCAUCAGGAAUGUGCCUACAUGAUGGUUCCAGUGGUGAUUGUAUUAUUUAUUUUGUGGGAAGUCUGCAGCUGGGUCAAAUGCAGGACCCUCCACAGUUUUGUGUGUAUUCAGUGAAAAUGUUUUUGGACUCAUCAGGUUGGCCAUGUUAAGGGGCUUGAAAAAAAGGUUGAUGAACAUGAAUUUUGGAAUUUUUCAUCCAACAUUGUCUGAAAUGUGUUUUCUUUGAACACGAAAAUAGAUUGAGUAUAUUUAAUGUAAUAUUUGAUGUAUGUAAAUAACUUCAAGCCAAACCACUGCAAAGUUUUGGAUAUGCAGAAGGCACUCAAAAUAAAAAGUGGUUUGUAGGCUAACCACGUUGCAAGAUUUGGUUUCGUUGCAACCAUAACAUUAAAUAAAAUUAGCUUAGUUAAAGUUAUCAUUACAACUGUCAAGAAACUGCAGUUUGAAAAACUUUGUAUUUAUGUACAUUGCUUAAGGCCCUGAAGCCUUGCAGUGAUCUGCCAUGAGUACGUGGACCACACAGGUGUGUACUGCAUUAUAUCUGAGGAAAAUUAGGACUAUGUUGCUUUUAGUUAUGUACUUAUAUUCUGUAGGUUGCCAUUGUGUUUUGUCACAUACUAUGCAAUUUUUUUUUUAAAUGUUUAUUCGGAAAGUUGGUGUCUGUUUCUUGGCUAGGGAUUUUAAUUUUUAUUAUUAUUUUAGUGUUGUGUUUUUGUAUAGUGCACUGCAGUGCAGUGUAGUGAUCAACUAGACAUUUACUAUGGAGAUAGCUGAUACAAAUGUAACUUUUCUUCAGUGGUAAGAAAUAACUUCGAGAUUUGGAUCAACCAUGCAUGGAAUUAAGGCAAUAAUGUUGCAACACCAAAGGUGUUUCUUUUUAUUUUGUAAUAAAUUAAAUCUUGUAUGAAUUGAAUGGUUUUCAGUAAAACUCUCUUGUAGUAUUAUAAA